AUGACAAAGAUGUUAGUUCUCCUGUUUGUGGCCGGGUGCUAUUGUGAGAACACUACUUACACUACAAAGUAUGAUGGAGUCAACUUGGAUGAGAUCCUGGCCAGUGAAAGGCUGCUCUCCAGCUAUGUGAAGUGCUUACUGGACAAAGGUCCCUGUACGCCAGAUGGGAAAGAGUUAAAGAAUAAUUUGCCAGAUGCAAUAGAGAAUGACUGUCAAAAGUGCAGUGAACGACAGCGGGUUGGAGCUGACAGGGUGAUGCAGUACAUCAUAGACCAUAGACCCGAAGACUGGGACGAAUUGGAGAAAAUGUACAACGAAGACGGAAGCUACAAAAAGAAGUACCUGGAAAGAAAAGAAGCCUUCAAAUCUUCUCUGGAAAUAAAAAAAUUAUUAUAAUAAUUAUAAAAUACGAAAGAAUA